AGGGGACGGGGAUAGGGGACAGGGACAGGGGGCAGGCCGCCGCCUCCUCCUCAUGGCCCGGCGGGAGCCGCCGGGGCCGCGGUGAGGGCCUGCGGCCGCGGGGCCGCUGUGGGGAAGAGAAACUCCGGCGGGGGGGAAGCCGGGCGGCCUGAGGAGGAAGAGGAGGAGGGAGGAAGAAGAGAAGGAGGAAGAGGAGGAGGAGGGCUGCCGGUGCUGGGUUUCUGUCUGGUCGGCGGAAGGUUCUUCCUGGCGGGGCAGCCGGGGCAGGGACUGCCGCUCCUCCGAGGGAUGCGAUCCGCAGGAGAAGGAAUGAAGUGGAAGUCACCUGAACUCACUUGUGCACUACUGAGACGCAAUGACAUUCAUGUUUGUGGUGAAUGGAAAUCAUGGCAGCGUCUAACAUGGGAGGGAGAGACAUGAGUGGACAAUGUGGCGUGACUCGUUCAGACUGCAAAUCUUCUGCCUGCUUAUGGCAGUACUGGCUGUGGUGGUGCUGGUCCAUAACUUUCUUCAGUUAGAGCACCUGGAUGACGACACAGUUUCAGGAUCAAAUUGGAUAACAGAAAACAAUGACCAGCCUUCUCUAUCACAGACAACUAAAAUUACCAAGAAGCCUUAUUGUGGUUAUGAGCAGCAGACUUUGUCCAAAAGAGAACAAGUGGAACAGGAAUCAUUGCUUGCUGCAAUACAAUGGCCAAAACCCCCCGAUGACAAAAUUGCUUUUUUACAAAGCACUGAUCCGGUACAUAGCGAUUUUGUGAUUGUGAAGCCUAGGGGGUUCUUCAAGGUGGGUGAUCAGCUAGAGGUGCUUGUUCGCAUGAAGGAUUUCCAAGGAAAACCCAAGCAAUAUGGUGGAGACUAUCUACAGGCACGAAUCCACUCUCCUCUGCUGAAAGCUGGAGCAACAGGAAGGAUUGUAGAUUGCCAUAAUGGCCUUUACAAAGUCUUUUUUACUUUGCUUUGGCCAGGAGAGGUCAAAGUAUCUGUGACACUUGUCCAUCCAAGUGAAGCGAUCCAAGUACUCCUGCGUUUAAGAGAAGAAAGGCCUGACAGGGUCUAUUUCAAAAGCUCAUUCAAGUCUGGGAGGUAUUCAGAAACUACUGAGUGUAACGUAUGCUUGCCUGGAGAUCUUCCAGUCUGUAACUUCACAGAUCUAUACACGGGUGAGCCAUGGUUCUGUUACAAGCCACGAAAACUCUCUUGUGCCAGCCGAAUCAGCCAUGCCAAGGGUGGAUAUCAAAAAGGUCUUUUGACACACGAGGAAAGCCUUUUUUUCCAAAGUGAUGUGAAUAUCAAAAGGCCGAUACUCUCCAGUGGACCUGAUGCAGUGAUUGUGAAGCCUAGAGCAUUUACAGAUUCAAGCAGUAUGGACGGAGCUGAAGAUCCCACAGUUUCCCCUUCUGGUUAUUACUAUGAAGAUCACUGGAGGCCAAGAACACACUGGAUCCAUCAUUUUAACAAGUCAGAUGAUAUAAGCAAGUGCUUACAAGGGAAAGUAAUCCACUUGUUUGGAGACUCUACAAUAAGGCAGUGGUUUGAAUAUCUGACAUCAGUUGUUCCAGAUCUAGUGGAAUUUAAUCUGGGGAGCCCUAAGAACGUGGGCCCUUUUAUGUCCGUGGACCUGAAGCACAAUAUCCUACUGAAAUUCCGCUGCCACGGGCCACCCAUUCGCUUUACAACUGUCUUUAGCAGUGAACUGCGCUACAUUGCCAACGAGCUGAAUGGCAUCGUAGGUGGGAGAAACACUGUGAUAGCCAUAACUAUAUGGUCCCACUUCAGCACUUUCCCUGUGGAAGUGUACAUUCGGCGGCUGAGGAACAUUCGGAGGUCAGUCAUUCAACUUCUGGAUCGCAGCCCCAAGACUUUAAUCAUCAUCAGAACCGCAAAUGUUCAGGAGCUCGGGCCAGAACUUUUCAGAUCAGAAUUAAGGCAGUCCAAUUUGCCAGUUACUACUGACAGCUGUCUCACAUAGUAUCUGCCCAUGUAUUAGCUUUAGGUAAGUGUUUCUUACUUUAAUAUGUUAAUGGCAAUUUAUCCGCUGCUAAAAGGAGACCAUACCAAUUCAGGUCUGGGAAGGUAAGCCACCACAAUGCAAAAUGACCUUUCAUCUUUGCUAGGUGUGUUUUUUAAAAUGGGUAGAGUAUAAGGCUUUCAUCCUGAAUAACAAAUCUAUCCAAAUAAUGUUAAAAUAAUGUUAAUGAAAAUAGGACUGCAAACUUUUACUUUGAAGGAUACUACUUAAUUUGUGGACUAACCAUUUGGUUUUCCUCAAAAAGCCAUAUUAUGUGUGAAAGUGUUGUGGCAACAUGUUUCUUCUCUGAAUGUUUUAGUGCUCACUGCUGCUCUUCAACAGCAACUUUUCAUCACUGUUAGCUAUCAAAAAGAGAAAAAAAAAAUGAAUCUCUUCAAAUGCUAUGAAAACUGAAAGAAAGAGAACUGGAUUGCUGUUAGCAAAUAUCUAAUCACAGUCUGAUAGAACCUCUACCUUUUAGAUUAAUUAGAUUAAAUUAAUAUUUUUUUUAAUAACAGAUUAACUUAUAGGUCAUGAACCUGAGGGAAAUUGCCAGUUAAUUCUUUGGGCUCUGGAGUAGACAGGGAGAAGAAAGGGAGAAACCGAGGAGUGAGUAAUGUUAAAAGAUGAAGACUGGGAACACACUGCUUCUGUCAUUCAGUUGAACUGGAAGCUUGUUUUCAUUUGUAUACUCCUUUUGCUACCCAUUGCACCAGUUGUAUAUGUAUUGUGUGUAGAAACAUAAUCAGAAGCAAUAAAAUAUUUUUAAAUCAUUUUCUUGAAACCUUUAAACUUCUAAAUGGAUUUUAAUGAGGACUUAAGAGAUUGGUUAUUUUUUCAAGUUACUUAAUAGGAUACAGGACUGGAAUGGAAUUUCUCUGUUGUCAGUUAAGUAUUUUAAUUUACAUGAAAAAAAUUUAUUUCAUGAGACUUUCAAAACCCUGUUCUCCUUUCCAUUCUCUUCAGUCGAAGGGAACAAACUGUAUUAAUUUUGAUAUUUUCAUUCCGAUCCUGAGCCAUUUGAUUAUUAACCUUUUAAAAUGGAGGGUUUUUUUGUUAUUUAUUUAAUUAUUCCAUAUGCAACUCAAAUACUGGUGGAAAAGGCCUUGUAUUUUAAUGAUGUUUAUCAGAAGACUUCCGAGAAAUUUAUAAAAUAAGCAUUCUCUAUUUUACAGAUUAGACAGAUACCCAGUGAUUUUCUGGUAUUGGUAGUUUGAGAAUCUUGUUUUUCAUAUAUCAUGUUAGGCAGAUUUCAUGAUUCCAGAAGUUCAGUGAAAAUGUUAUUCGAGUUCUUGAUAAAAGAGAAUAAAAAGCAGUAGCUGCCAUUGCUUUUUUCAAUUUCAAUUGCUUCUAGUUUCUUCUGCUACACAACAUUAUUGUACAUCUUAUUUAAGAUUCAAAUUAGCAUUCUUCAUUAUUCUUACUUGUUAAAGGUAAGCAUUUCAAAAACAGGAACUUUCCUUACUAGAAGGGUCUGUAUGGCUUUUUAUGUACUACAGAUGAUGCUUCCAUACAUAUGUUACAAAAGCAAAGAUUUGAAGUUGUCUUCUGGGAAAAGUAAGAGUAUUGGGUUUUUUUGCAUUGUUUUUUGUUGCAGAAGUGUGAGUGCAAACAUCUUUCCACUCAAGUAAAAGCAAAAAAAUGCCUGUCACAAAAUGCGUAUUUAAUUUAUAAAGCUCUUGUUCAGGUCACUUCUUCCUGCUUAGUUUACACUCAUAUUUAGACUGUUUGGAAGGCUCUUCUUAUCUCUUGGAAGCAGUGCAGGGCUCUGUAUAUUAGGAAAAUAACUUGUUUUCAAAGUUUUUUUAUUCCAUUAUACGUAUAUUAUUGAAAUGCUUACAAUGCAGAGAAGGCUGUAAUGUAUUUUAUUUCCUGAUGUGAAAGCAAUUUUUCAGAAAAGCAAUUCAAAUAGCCAAAAAGCUCAAAGAAUAAAAAGUUCCUAGUAAAGACAGCAAGUUUGUGCACUAAAAUUGUUUUAUCUGAUUUAGCAUCAGUUUAUCUUGUUUGCCCAAACCCCACAUUAACUUUCCUUUCUGUUUUUAUAGCUGCUCUAGAAGUGUGUCAUAUUUCCCUUAGUUUUACCUAUUACAUUUUGUGUUGCAUGUUGGUUAGAAGUUUUAUACAGUGGUUUAUAGAUUAAAAUCACUUG